GCAAAAUGAAAACAAACCUCUCAACUCUCAUAUUUACUUGUGUGUUUCUCGCCGGUCUCCUCUUUCUGGAGCCGGUUGCAUCGCAAAACUGUAAUUGUGCGAAAAACAUGUGUUGUAGCCAGUGGGGUUAUUGUGGCACAACCAGUGCUUAUUGUGGAAAAGGUUGUCAAAGUGGCCCAUGUACUAAGCCAGCUCCAACUCCUCCAAGUAAUAAUGCCAACAUUGCUAGUAUAGUCACUGUUUCGUUUUUUAACGCGAUUGGUGCAAAGACUUCAAAAAGUUGUCCUGGAAAAGGUUUUUACACACGAAAUGCAUUUCUUAAAGCGAUUAAGGCAUAUCCACGUUUUGGUAGAACUGGUUCACUCGCGGAUUCUAAGCGUGAAAUCGCAGCUUUCUUUGCUCAUGUUACUCAUGAGACUGGACACUUCUGUUACAAGGAAGAGAUAGGUGGUCAUUCAAAAACAUAUUGUGACAAAAGCAACAAACAGUAUCCAUGCAACCCUAGGAAACGUUACUACGGCAGAGGCCCAUUUCAACUCACAUGGAACUACAACUACGGUCAAGCCGGAAAGAAGCUCGGGUUUGAUGGGCUCAACGACCCUGAUAUCGUAGCUAGAGACCCAGUGGUUGCAUUCAAAACCGCGUUGUGGUUCUGGAUGAAUAAUAUUCAUUCGGGUUUUGUUGCUGGUAAAGGGUUUGCAUAUUCAAUUAGAAAAAUCAAUGGAGGUGAGUGCAAUGGACAUAUGCCAGCCGCUGUAAGAGCUCGUGUUUCAUACUACACCAGUUAUUGUAAGAAAUUUCGUGUUGCACCGGGGAAGAACCUCAGUUGUUAGCUUUCGAAUCGUCACCACAGAUCUGGCUUAUGGGUUACGGGUUUGAGUGUUUCUUAAUAAGUAUCUAUGUUUGAAAAUAAUUUACUACUUAUCUCUCUGUGACAAAUGUAUUGCUUCAUGUAUAUUUGACACGAUGAUGCUCAAGUAGUACGUUGUAAUAAGUGUUUAUGUUAUAAAAGUGUUACUUUAUGAAAUGCAAAUGUUACAUAUCAGUAUAUCACUGAUCACUC